AUGAGGCCGGAGCCUGCCAAAGAAGCCUACGGGACCUUGAGCUCGACUGACGACAGAGACAUCUUCUUAGGUCCUUAUGUCACCCAACUGGGCCUCGACAUCCAUAACCACAAGAUUGUACUUCUCUUUCAAGGUUCGGACAUUGGACGAGUCCUUCUGCAGCUAGUACAAGAGUUCGUAUGCCAGAGCCCAGUUGACGGUCGCAGAGGCCGACUUUGUCUGGAGCCGGCGCUGCUCCCGUUCGAGUAUAAACCGAAUGCGUUCGGCGUCAUGGUCGGCAUCGCGCACAGCAGCAAUGAGGGCAAUGGAUUUGACACAUCCAUUGAAGAUAGUGUAUGCGAUCCCAACAACGGUGAAGACCUCUAUGCUUGUCAGCCAUUGUUCCCCCCGGGUGGCAUUUCGAUGUGGGCCGCAGCCAAGGCGGAUGAUUCCCUUUGCGGUCCUGCGCCCUCAGAAUUAUCAAGCCAGCGAAGCAAUCACUGA